AAUCCAUAAAGCUAUUUUCACGAGAACAAGCGGAAUUGACAGUUUUGGCUCUUGAAUGACGAGGAAGUUCAUCCAUGACUAAAAGCUGGUCAGAUGGUUUUGGGGGGUCACUCUGUGGGACUCUGCCAGAGCGGUGGACACUUCGCUGUAGCAGCGUGAGCUACACUGGGACAAACAGUUGAAAUCGGAGGAAGCCAGCGGUUGAGUCGAGAGAGUUCCCACCUGGUAUGGUCCACUUGUGUGUGUCCAUCUCAGAUGACGGUCCUCGGCUUGAAUCGGUACAAAAGGGAUCACCGAGGGGCUCACGGCGCCACGGCAGACGGGCAGCUAAGAUGGCCACUAUGCGACACGAGCCGGGAACCAGGACAUCCUCCGCUCGACAGAACAGAGGCUCCUGCUCAUCCACUGCCUCCUGCCCUGUCUUCUCAGGAAGCUACAGCGAUCAAGAAGAGGAACCUCCGUUGAGACGGCAGUCCUCGCCUUUGAUCAAAGGUCCUUUUUCCUCAUCGGAAAAGAAGUCGCCACAAAGCUGUAAAGGUUCUCUCUCCAGCCUCCAGGGGUCUGUGAGCAGCCUACAGGGCUCUCCACCAAGCCUGAAAAGCCCUCUGCAGAGGUUCCAGGGCUCCCUGCCAAGCCUGAAGGGUUCUAUUUUUCGCUUUAGGCGGCAUUCGCUUGGCAGCCUGGAGAACUCCAGCCCCAAUCUCAGUGAGGAGAGCAUCAGUCCUGGCUUACAGGACCAUGACGGCAGCUCCAGCGAUGACGAUGGCAGUUGGGACACCAACAGCUGGAGCUCAGGAGCCACUUGUCUCUACCGCACACCUGUCAAGCAAGAAGGUACCGAAGAAACUCCAGACAAGAAGUCCCCAGAUGAUGUGGCACAGCCGGAAAUUAUCUACCAAAACCUCAUCUUCUCAAGCCCCAAAGCUGCCAUUAGCGAGAAGACCUCAGUGAAGAAAGAUCCAGGAACUCUGUGCUCUCCAUCUCCGUCCGGCAUGACCUCAGCUCAAAGGCAAUCGGAGGAAGACCGGCGCAGGUUCUCCAAUUUCCUCAACGAGGUGACCGGCAGGGUGAUCAAAUCUAAAAAUGAUCCACCCCAACAGAAGGUCACGCUGAGACAUCGUAAGCUACCUCCACCACCGCUACCUCCAACAACUCCACUGCGCACCCCUCAGGUACCGCUGCUGUCAGCCCCAACACACCUGCCACCCUUUCCCUUCUCCUCCACAACAGGGUGGCACAGCUCCACCACCUCCAACCUUCACACCAUUAAGGAGCACGAGACGAAAGUCAAGGUUUCUCCGUUCCACCAGUGGAGUAAGACUUUACCCAGCUGUAAGAUUCUGGAGCCAGAGGACGUGCUGAGGAAGAUUACCGGGAAAAGUCACUCCAGCUCACAUCGAGAUCUGGACCUGUUCACCAAGAUACAAACACAACCGACGACUGGGAGGCUUUAUCUCGAGACAGACAUAGACAGCAUCCGGAGACUUGAUGACCUGGUGGCCAACGACUCCCUGGCAAAGGAGAAAAACCACACGGCUGUAGAAAAAAGUAAGAAGAGGGGGAAGAACCAGGCGUGGGAGAGGAAUGGAGGUUUGGAAAAAGAGGACAAGAGAUACGGGAAUAUGAGCAGGAGACACAGAGGGAAGGACGGAGGGGAGGAAAACAGAAUAUCAGAUCGCAGCAGGGACAAGGACAAGAGGUUCGUCCAGGACAAUUAUGGGACUCUUCAACUAUCCCCCUGUGAUGUCUACUCCGUCCCCAGAUGGCCAGAGGGAUGUCCACAAACGUCCUACAGGUCCACGUCCCUGCCCAGAACCGUCAACUGCAUCCAGGAGUCGGAUGGAGAGAUGCAGCGUGACACCAGCUCACUGCACGACCACAAGGACGACCUGCGCAAGCAUCUCUCGUACACAACGCACAAGCUGGAGAUGAUGGAGACGGAGUUCGACUCCACGCGACAAUACCUGGAGACAGAACUGCGGCGGGCGCAGGAAGAGCUGGAGAAGUUCUCAGAGAAACUUCGCAGGAUCCAGAGCAGCUAUGCGGCUCUUCAGAGGAUCAACCAGGACCUGGAAGACAAGAUGCUACAGACGUCGCAGCACCACGAGGAGGAGAAGCGAGCGCUGAGUCGGGAAAUCAUCGUCCUCAACAACCACCUGAUGGAGGCGAAGAUCACCAUCAACAAGCUGCGAGAGGACAACGAUGUCUUCAGGAAAGACUGUAACCUGGCGGUGCAGCUGCUGCAGUGCUCCAAGUCCCAGCACAGGGGGCACAAGAUGUCGGAGCUGCCUCUGGACCUGCAGGAACGUAUCAGUACCCACAUGGAGAAACACCACCCAGCCAGCGAAGCCACGGUCCCUUCGUGUCACUCUGUCUACCCGGACGCGGUGCCAACGUCCAUCAUCGCCAAAGUCUUGGAAAAACCAGAACCUGGUCGAAGCUGCCCGUCUACCCGCUCCACAAGCCCGAGGCCACAUGAUAGCGAUUUUCUCACAGUAACAGGAAGCACUGACAACCUUAAUCGGCGUAUUAUCUACAAGAAUUCUGACUUGUACUGCAGCGAUACCGCUCUCUAUUGCCCAGAACGGUGGCAUGACUCGGAACGAAGGCAGAGCAUCGACCUUCACAGCACUGGGCUGCAUGAGCUCAAUGCCCAAGACUCAAUUGAUAGCAACCAGGAUGAGGAGGCGUACCCCUCUGGGAGUUUUUCACACCAUGAGCCGGCUUCCUCUUACCAUCAGGAUGAAUUUGGGACUGGUAGUCCCCCGGUCUCCAGUUCCUAUUCCAGCUUCAGUCUCGCUUCAGAUGAAAAGGAUGGAGUCACUGGUGGGUGUCCACGCACCCGUAGUGGCACCUUUUCCUCCUCCCACCAGGGACUGUACAUGGACUGGCGUGAUGGCGGGAAUAGCGAGUGCGAGCAUAAAGGCACGUCAUCGUAUGAUAAAGAGAUCCCUGGCUUCCAAAAGUCUCGUAGCAUCCAGCACAUGGUGGCACCCAGAAGUCCGCAAAAAGGGACCUUGCCGUCCUAUACGCGAACGGCUUCCUGUUUUAGUGAACCAUACCACUCCAGUACACCCCGACUACCAUCCUCACACAGCAUGGGCUCCACGACUGGGUUAGCUCAGGCAUCUGGUAGUGGUCUGGACCUCACGGAGGAUGAGCUGAGCAAUCACUGGAGGCAGCUGAGCGUGGAGGAUAUCGCCAUGCUAGCGGCCUCUUAUGGUAACAUAGCUGGGCGGGUCUCGCCAUAUAGUUUCUCAGAGUGCCAUAUUGCAAUGGCUCCCUCUAGCAAGGUGAAAGAGUCCCUCUACAGCUGCGUCCAGGAGGGAGAUGACGUCUUCCAAGGUCGUAUACUGGAUGAUUGUUUUGGGACUCGCUCCGGUUCACCAAGCCACGGCCCCAAAAAACCACCACUCGAGCCACGGAAAAAGAAACAACCCCCCACAAUGUAUCGCGCUAAGGAGGACAGCCAGGACUCGGAAUCAGGACCAGUCCUCUCCGGGACUGAGAGAGACAGUGGCGCAGUAUCAAUGAUAACCAAGAAGGACUAUGCAAGUGCUGGCAGCUCAGGAGACUCUCUAGACCAAUGCUCCUUGGAAGCGUCCAGUCUUCAGCACUACCCAAGUCCUCGACCAGCUGUCCGUCCGCGGCCCAGCUCGGCUCUUACGGUUGGUCCCGCGCUCCCGAAGAAGACCUCUCCUAGAUACCAAAAAUUUGGCAGCACUGGGCUUACGAGGAAAGACAGUUUGACGAAAGCGCAGCUUUACGGAACACUGCUGAAUUGAAACUACGAGUUUACUUAUGCAUGACGACGUUUGUCGCACCGGCGACCGCAUCCGUACUGUGACCAAGGUUUUGACCGUCGUUGUUAUGUAUCCUAGCCAUGGCACGUUCUCUGUCUGCAACACUUAGUGCUAUUGUGUGUUACGGUACUGUGCUCCUGUCCGAAUCCUGAACCAGACCCACACUGCAUCCAAAGACCUGUUUACAAAUAGUGAACUUUUCGUCAGAGACAAAUAUGACGCAGGGACACCUUGUUAUUUAGCCUGCAACCAGAUGUUAUGGGCUGAUCGUUCCUCAAGGGUUUCUAGAGAUCCUCAUAAAGCCCGGUGCCAAGACCAAAUAGGGUUUGAAUAGAAUACUGAAAAGUGCGCACUGACCACAAAUGGGUCAGACAGAAACCAUAUACACAAAAUGUACUGAAAGAAUUUUGUAGUUUCUCUACAGUCAGAUACGACUUGUUGAUAGUUUCAUGUUUUCCGACUUCUGCACUUGUUCCAUGUCGAAGAACGUGUUUCCGAUCACUGUGCUUCUGUGGGAACAUCAAACCAGCAAGGAAUUCCGAUCACAACUAAGCUCCCUUGUGGCCGUGGCUCCACCAGCCACAGGGGAGGAGCUCUGUUCCUCCACUUGGAGGACGAAAACAUUAAAUUCCAAUGGUGAUCUGCACAGCGAUAGAUUUUUUUUAUUUUCAUACCAGAAUCUGAUGCUGCCUGUUUCCCUGGCACCCGGACACUCGUGACUUCAGCCUUAACACCCUUUAGUGCACGGAAUGUUCUUUUACAGCAUGUAGACGAAGAAAACUGUGUAUUAACUAUUUAGCUGCUGUGACGUUAGUGGAUGUUUACGACUAUGGUUCACUACUUCCUGUUUCUGAUGGUUCUGUAGAAAACAGGACGUUCCAAAUGUCGCAUGGAUAAUUCUGUUUUGGUAACUAGCGCAUUAAGCUAGCUGGGUUCUUAUUCAAGAGUGAAUGGACACCAAAGGAGUUGAAUCUAGAAUUAGGUCAGCAGCGGCAUGUUUGGAGGUUCUUUGAUGGAAACAGAUUAUAGAUUUAGGUUUAUUUUUUUCCCCUUUUUUGUUUAUUUUUUUGAUGAUUUCUGAGGCUUUCAGGGUGUCAUUCAGACUUCUAGUAAGAUUUCCGUUCUGGUCAUAAUGUUUAUGGCAAGAGUUUUUGGUUUGAUGGUAUAAGGACAGGCAUGGUCCAUUAUCAAGCAGAGACCAACAACCGGAGAACCAGGGAUACUUUCUUUAAUCGAGUGUUUUGUCGCGAAUGUUUUCUCCCAACAUUCAUGGCGACCAAGUUCACUUUCUUUCUAGAUCUACUUUCGUAAACAUUUUUCACCGAGUUCAUUUGUUAACUUUUCUACAGUUUUCUGUUUGAAUGCUAACAUGCUAACAGUUAGCAGAACUAGCUGCAUACAAGCAAAAGUAAACUGCGUCAGUCAAGUGACUCUGAAGUGUGGAUCGAUGACAAAAUGUACAAGGAAGUGAUCUUUCAAAGAUGAGUUGACUCAUCUUCUCAUUUGGACCAGAGCUCUGGUCUGGUUCCGAUCCGACAGUGGAAUUGUGAGCGGCAGAGUUCGGUGCAUGACUGUGGUUCUGUUGUUUGUUUAAGAAUAAACUGAGUGUUGGUAAAUAAACAACUGUCGGAGGGAG